UCUCUCACUCUCUUUCGCUCACUGCCUCAGUAGCUUCAGGUCUCUCUUGGUUUGUCCGUCUUCUUUUUUCUUUCACCGAGCAAUGGCGGAAACUGACCUACUACCUGAAGAAGUCAUGCUGAGCAUUCUGUGUUUGCUGCCCGUGAAAUUCUUGAUCCGAUUCACCUCCGUCUCGAAACGAUGGCGUUUCAUCAUCUUGUCCGACCCCCAACUCGCCACAUCUCAACUCAACAGAGCUCGUCAGCUGAAAGCCCUCGGUCCCCGACUCAUCUUCCUAACCAACGCUCCUCAGCUGGAAUCCCUAGACUUGGCUGAUACGGCGUCGUUUGGACACCCUUCCUCCGUCAGAAAACUGAGCCUCCCUUUCGAGCGACAUGCACGCCGUGACGUCACCAUACUGGGCUCCUGCAAUGGGUUGGUGUGUGUAGCUUUUGACGCUUCCUACUUUUACAUCUGGAACCCAGCAACCCGAUUCUUCAUGGAGUUGCCUGAGCCGGGCUUUCCCGACGUCUGUCAACAACUCACGUUUCAUGGUGUUGGGUACUUGUCUGCCACCGACGACUACAGAGUUUUCGCAACCUCAUAUGGGGCGUAUCCAGAUGAAUAUGGAUACUCAUAUGAAGAGGCAGAAGAGAUGAAGAUGUUCUCCUCCAGAUCUCGAGUUUGGAAAGCAAUCCGACACCCUGCUGGUCAUGACACACGCUCUUCUAAUCAGGGCACUCUUUUGAAUGAGAGACUUCAUUGGUUCUCUUGGUGGCGGAUGAUGGAUCCUUUAAUCCUUGCUUUCGAUCUCGCAACAGAGGAGUUCACCACAAUGCGUCUGCCUGAGCAAUUUAAGCCUGAGGAACUACCAAAUGGCAUAAUCUUUAUUGUAGACUUCUGCUGUCUUGGGAUUACCGACGGAUGCUUGUGUGCAUGUGAUUAUCUUCGUGCUGACUCUGUCGAUUUCUGGGUCAUGAGAGAAUAUGGUGUGGAUGACUCGUGGACUAAGCUGUUUAACUUUUCCUCUGACGGUCCUGGCCGGUGUGGAGAUUGGUUGAUUAUGGAGAGCUGUACAGUUGCCGUGAAAAGUCCAUACUGGUCAUUGGUAAAGAUCGAUCAUAAACAAGAAGAAGAAGUUGGAAUGUACAUGCUUCAAGGCAACAAAUGCUGCCUUAGCAUGACUCCUUAUCAAGAGACUCUACUUCGGAUUAAUGAUUAGUCUGCAGUGCUGGGUUUCUGGAUGUGCGAAAUAGGAAUGGCUUCAUGAUCUAGUUUUGGUGUGGACCUGAUGAAAUGGAUCCACUGUUAGUGAUUAUCAGAUCUCUCAGAACUUUUGUUUUAUGAGCUAGGGGUUGUGGCUAGCUAUAUAUCUAUGGUUGUCACUCUAACUAUUGUUCAUCUUUUGUUUUAAGAAUGCAUGCUAUGCAUAUCUGUGUACAGCAGAAUGUUCCAUAAGAAUGUUACAUUUAUCUUGUUUGUUGGUUGAUUGCUUUUACUGUGUGAAGUAGAAUGUGGAUUGUUAUAUAUUUCAAGUCGUUGUGGUUGUUUUU